AUGUUACCGACGCUCGUUUCUCUGAUCUCCCUUACACCCAUCGUUGCUCAUGCGGCGCUACAGGUUGACCUGGAAUCGCCAGAUUCCAUCAAGACAGCCGCAAAACUGGUGGCCGGGGAUCUGUUGAGCUACUAUCAAGGUCGGGAACCGGGUCACACUCUGGGCAUCCUGCCCGGUCCGCCUCCCGAUGGCGACUACUACUGGUGGCAAGCGGGUGCCAUGUGGGGAGGAAUGAUCGACUACUGGUACUGGACGGGCGACGACACAUACAACGACAUAGUAUACGAAGCCAUACUGGCCCAGGCAGGACCAGACCGGGACUUCAUGGACAAGAACUGGACGCUAUCUUUGGGGAACGACGACCAGUCGUUCUGGGGCAUGACGGCUCUGUCUGCGGCCGAGAGCAACUUCCAAGACCCUCCUCAGGGCGAGCCGCAGUGGCUCGCACUGGCGCAGGCAGUGUGGAAUGAACAGGCUUCACCAGACCGCCGAGGCCCCGAGUGCGGUGGCGGUUUGAGGUGGCAGAUCCAGCCUACGAAUAGAGGGUACGAUUACAAGAACACUAUCCCCAACGCCAUAUUCUUUAAUAUGGGUGCCCGCCUGGCGAGAUACACCAAUAACGACACGUAUGCGCAGCAUUCCACCGAUACGUGGAACUGGCUGAUCGAGCAUGUAUACAUCGAUGACAAGUUCAACGUUUACGACGGUGCUCAUAUCGCGGACAACUGCACGACGGUCAACAAGCAGCAGUUCUCGUACAAUGCCGCCGUGCUGUUGCUCGGAGCGGCGCACAUGUACAAUUAUACAAACGCAAGCAAGGACUGGGAGGCCCGGGUCAGCGGCCUCCUCGACGGCAUCGAGCGCGUCUUCUUCCUAAACGGCACGGCCUACGAGCCGACCUGCGAGGCGCGCAUCUGCCUCACGGACCCGAUCAGCUUCAAGGGCUACCUGCACCGGUGGAUGGCGGUGUCCUCCCAAGUAGCCCCCUUCAUCCACGACCGGGUCAUGGGGCUCCUCAAGACGUCGACGCGGGCCGCCGUCGACCAGUGCACGGGCGGCGCCGACGGCCGGCAGUGCGGCUUCCACUGGAGCACGGGUAUGUACGACGGCGCCACGGGCGCCGGCCAGGAGAUGAACGUCGUGGGCGCGCUGGCGUCGCUGCUGAUCGAGGCUGCGGCCCCGCCCCUCACGAACGGCACCGGCGGCUCGAGUCUGGGCGAUCCCGACGCGGGGAGCGGCCCCAAGAAGGAGACCGACGAGUUUAAGCAGGUCACGACGGGCGACCAGGCGGGUGCGGGGAUCGUGACGGUGCUGCUUUUGGGGUUUGCAAUGGUGUCGCUAUGGUUUAUGGUUUGGAAAUAG